UACUCAUUAGUUGUUAGUAAUACUCGGGUGAUCGUGCUGUAAACAUCUUAUUUCUUGGAUAUCUUAACAUUUAUUAUAUAAUCAUCUAAUUAUUUAAAAUGAAUUACAAACAAUAUUAUUAUUUUUUAUUAUUUAUUUUAAUAUCUCAAUUUAUUGAAUCAAGUUCUCGGCAAAUGAGAAGUGAAUUUACUAACGAAAAUAUAAAAUCAAAUACUUCGCAAUAUAAAUAUGUGAUUAAAAAAUUUACUGUACCAGUCGACCAUUUUAGUUUUUCAAUUAACGACACAUUUGAAAUCCGUUACUUUGUUAAUGACACAUGGAAGUAUGGUAAAAAUCCCCCGAUAUUUUUCUACACCGGCAAUGAAGGCUCACUUGAAGUGUUUGCUGAAAAUACCGGAUUUAUUUGGGACAUCGCACCGAGCUAUGGAGCACUUGUUGUGUUUGCAGAGCACCGUUAUUACGGUGAAUCGAUGCCGUUUGGCAACAAAUCUACUGAUAGUCCAAAACACUUCGGAUUCUUGACUUCACAGCAAGCGUUAGCUGAUUACGUUGACUUGAUUACGUAUAUCAAAUCUGAUCCAAGUAUGAAACACAGUCCGGUAAUUGCUUUCGGCGGGUCUUAUGGCGGUAUGCUGAGCGCUUGGUUCCGCAUGAAAUAUCCCCAUGUCAUUCAUGGAGCAAUUGCUGCAUCGGCUCCGAUUCUACAAUUUACCGGUUUUACGGAUUGCCAAGUAUUCUCUCGUAUCGUGACCUCUGACUUUAGGGCAGUUGAUCCGAAUUGUGAGAAAGUUGUCCGUAAAUCCUGGAGUUCUAUUGAUAAUCUCACAUCAACUGAUAAUGGAAAAAAAUGGAUGACGUCUAAAUUUAAAAUUUGUAAGACACUCAAUACGACCGCAAAUGUCAAAGCAUUUAAAGACUAUUUAUCAUCUGUUUAUAGUAAUUUAGCAAUGGUUAAUUAUCCAUAUGAAACAGAUUUUCUUUCUCCACUUCCACCAUAUCCAAUAUCAGAAUUUUGUAAACUCUUAAAAAAUACAAAUCUAUCAUCAGAUGAAGAAUUAUUAACAUAUUUACAACGAGGUAUUAAUUUGUACUCAAACUAUACCGGCAAGACGAAGUGUCUAGAUUUAGACGAUGCAGAGCCAAGUUUAGGAGCAGCCGAUUGGAGUUAUCAAGCUUGUACUGAAAUGGUAAUGCCUUUUUGUAACGACGGUGUCAACGAUAUGUUUGAACCACAGCCUUGGAAUUUCGAGGACUUUAGCAAAGAUUGUUUGAAACAUUUUAACGUAACACCUAAACCGAAUUUAGUCUGCGACACAUACGGCUGCGACGAUUUGAGUACCGCGACAAAUAUUGUCUUCAGUAAUGGAUUACUGGACCCAUGGUCAGGCGGCGGUGUUCUGAGGAACUUGUCAUCAUCAGCCGUCGCCAUAAUCAUACCCGAAGGCGCACAUCAUCUUGAUUUGCGCGGUGCCCAUCCAGCAGAUCCUUACUCGGUUAUAAAAGCCCGUGAAUAUCACAAGUAUUAUAUUAAAAAAUGGAUCAAGGAGUAUCGCGAAUUUAUAAAUAAUACCAGUGAUAUAAUGUAAUUUUUUUUUAUUAUUAAUUAAUCGAUUAAAAAUACAUAAUUUAGCUGAAAGUUUUUAAAUAAAACUAUUAAAUAUUUAUUAAAAAAAUUAUAAACUAAUUUUAUAAGUAUUAAAUAAAUAUAUAAAUAAUAACAGGGCCAACAAAUUAUAAGAAAAAUAAUACUGCUAUUAAAAUAUAAUUUUCUAUAAAUAAAUAAAUAAACAAGCUUAUUGCAAUAAUUAA